AGCUAUUUUUUGUUUCGAUAGCUCUUGUUUUUCGUAAAGGCCGGUGGUCCAGUAUAACGCGUUUAUUUCAUUGAUAAUCAACAUAGCUUAAUCAGCUCAACUACAUCUGCUGAGGGAAAGAGCAACUCCGGCGAAAUUGAUUUUCAAUAUACUGCAUCAGCGGAGCAUUGAGACCCGAUGCGUUGUAUUGAGUGAAAGAUGCUUCACCAUGCUGAUAAAGAAGGCAAGAAAUCUCCGUUUGGACAUCCUGUCUACGGCCAGAUUGUUCUCUCGAUCAUCUUCCUCCUCCUCCCUCCUUGUCUGGUCACCGCCUCCCCUGUUACCACAGUAGUGGAGCAGUUUUGCAAGGAUCCUGAUGUUCCUGAGCAUGGAAUCAGAACUCCAAGCCAUGGUGUAUUCUUUGAAAACUCAGUGGCCAGAUUCUCUUGUGUGAAAGGUUACAGCUUAAAGGGGCCAGCCAAGAUUGUCUGCACACGCUUCCACAAUGGAUCGGUAGGCUGGAAACCAAGCCUUAAACCAGUGUGCCUUUCAGAAGAUUGUUUUCCUCCAUUCAUCGAGGAUGCUGAUAUCACUAAUAAAACCUACAGGCCUGGAGACAGCCUCAUUAUUAGUUGUCAUGAGGGAUUUCAGAUUCGAUACCCUGACAUGGAAACUAUGGAAUCAAUCUGUCAGGCUGAUGGGACAUGGGAUAAUCAGCCAACUUGUCAAGGCUGCCUACGGCCGCUGAUACCUCCACACAGUUACAUGAACAUCUCAGAAACAGAGUUCUCCGUGCCUGUGGGAACAGUUGUCCACUACCAGUGUUUCCCUGGUUACAAGUUGGAGGGACAUGAACUUCUGGAAUGCAUGUAUAACCUCAUCUGGUCGGACACACCACCCCGGUGCCUUGAUGUUGAGGCAUGCUCCCUACCCCCAAUGAUAGAGCAUGGAGAUUACAUGUGCCACCCUCAACCAUGUGACCGCUACAUUCAUGGGACAGUCGUAGAAUACUACUGUUAUCAUGGCUUCUCUCUAGCGAAAGACUACAAGUACAUCACCUGUCAGUAUGGGCAAUGGUUUCCACAUAUGCAGUUAUACUGCAUCAAAGAUGAGACAACCUGGCCGGGAUUUCAAGAUUCUCUACUGACCACAUGGAAAGUAGUGGCUUGUACGGCCACCAGUGUGCUGCUAGCCUUGCUCCUGGUGAUAACAGCCAAGAUGUUCCACUUCAAAUGCAAGUCCCAGCAUGAUCCAAGUGAAGAGCAAGAUGACAGCCAUGAUCCAAACAUCUUGGUUGUAGAUGGUAUUGCUGUACCACUUCCCUCUUAUGAAGAGGCUGUAAGCGGUACUUAUUGUCAGCCCCCAAGUGAGUUGCCCCCUGCUGGUCUGGGGAGCACACAGCAUUCAGAGGAACAAAAUCCACCUUCAUAUCCUGGCCACACAGGAAGUCAAAAUGGUGUGCCAUUGGACACUGGUGAGGGUGAGACCAGUGAUAGCAUCUCAGACACAUCAGAAUGUCUCCAAGGCAUACACCCAUCUUCUUCCCAUGCAGGUGGACUAAAUAACAUGUCUGAGAAAACCAAUGCUAUCACCUCUAUGGAGGAGACUGCCUCCACAAGCCCCAGCAUAGACAUUGCAGAUGAAAUUCCUCUUGUGGAGGAUGGUGAAGAGGACUGCUGAUUGUUAUCUCUAAUUAAAAAUGAGACACUGGUAGUUUCACCUUACUGUUAAUUCAGCAUUCAUUUCUGAUUUUGUUGAAUAAUGUGGCGAAGGCCAAAUUUCUUCUCAUACGGAAUCUCUGCACACUGGUAUUUAAUAAGGAGCACACCAGCGAAAUAUAGGCAAUUAAAAUAAAUAAUUAAGAGAAAAUAAACUCCCAAUUUCUUCUCAUGGACAAACUAUGCAUUCCAUCAUGGCAUAUUAAGUUAGUUUAACUUCCCAACUACACAAUGCAUAGCAUCCAAGUAUUCUAGAUUCUUUUUCCUGUGACUUUCACUGGGUAGCUGUGCUGAAUUCAGGACUGCUUUCAAAUGGUAUGACUGUAAUAACAAUAAUGACAACAAUUUCUUAAAUAAAU